CUGUGGCAGCUGCGUGGAAGCUCUCUGACUGGCUGGUUCCUACCGAGAGCGAUGCAUAAAAGACGCUUUUUGACCUUCAUAAACUUUUGACAUUCAAACUUAGCACCAUUUUACAUGCUUCCAUGGGUCCGAAAAAGAGAGGAGCAAGGAAAAGGAAAACUGAGGAGGCUUUGGAUGUAGAGAAGAAAGGAGAGGACACAGAGGAGAAGGAGGCGGAUGAGAGAGGAGAUAAGCGGAGGAAGGACCGUGGAAAUAAGAAAUACAUUGGAGCUCAUGUUGGCAUUCAAGGUGGGAUAUGGAAAGCAGUGGAGUCCUGCACGGAGAUGGGUGGCAGCAGUUUCGCCCUGUUUCUGGGCUCCCAGCGCUCAUGGAAGAGGCCCGCACUGGACGAGACAGCUGCAGCCAAGUUUAGGGAGCAAGUUUCCCUUCAAGGGUUUGACCCAGCUCACAUCCUGCCUCAUGGGUCAUACCUGAUGAACUGUGGGUCUCCUAAAGAGGAUGUGUUUGAGAAGAGCCAGGCGCUGCUGUUGGAUGAGCUCAGCCGCUGCAGCCUCCUGGGCCUCAACCUCUACAACUUCCAUCCUGGCUCCUCGCUGGGCUCCAUCACCACUGAACAGUGUGUGGACAAGAUAGCGGGCGCCAUUAACCACGCUCACCAGCAAACGCCUACUGUGAUUACAGUGUUGGAGAACAUGAGCGGUCAGGGCAGCACAGUGGGUGGUAAGUUCUCUGAGCUGAAGAGCAUCAUAGCCAAAGUGAGAGAUCAGACCAGAGUUGGAGUGUGUCUGGAUACCUGCCAUGCCUUCGCAGCAGGAUAUGACCUGGCUGCAGAGGGAGGAGUGAAGGCUAUGCUCAAUGAGUUUGACCAGGAAGUCGGGCUCCACUAUCUCAAAGCUGUCCAUCUCAAUGACUCCAAAGGUAAACUGGGCUGCAACCUCGAUCGCCACGAAGACAUUGGUAAAGGUCACAUUGGAAUCUCUGCUUUCAGAGACAUUGUCAAUGAGCCCAGAUUAGACAAUAUCCCUCUGAUCCUGGAGACACCUGGACGGCCAGGAUUCGAGUACGCCGAGCAGAUUGAACUUCUCUAUUCCCUCUAUGAGGAAAAAAUAGAAAACGCACUGGUGAAUUAACACUGCUAAAGUGAACCCUGUAAAACUCCAGCUCGUGUCUGUUAAGAGAACUUUAGUGUUUGUCAAGGACCAAAGUGGAUGGAUGCUGGAGGCCGUUGUCCUUAAACACAUUCAGAAUUUGUUUGGUUGUUAAUCACAAUGUAAAAAGUUUAAGAAAGAAAUACUCUUUGUCUCCCAUUGAAUAAAUGUGUGUUGUUAAAAGAUUUUUGACCUGUACAG